UGAAUUCUCAUGUACGAAUUACUCGUUCAUGAAAAAGAUAGUAAACUUAAGAUUUAGGUAUAAAUGUGAGGACAAGUUAAUGGUACUGUUAUACUGUUGAAGCACUGGUUAAUUGCUUUAUAAGCUUUAAAAUUGAUGUGAAAGGCUGGCAUGAAUGUUUAAUGAGCUAAUCCCAAAACUUUUAGUUUGAGUCUUGCUCGAGCUUGAUCAUCUUUGUACGCCUAUAUAUUUCUCGUUCAUUAGCCUAUAAAGUUGAGCUUUACAAACUGAAGAGCGCUAAAACAUGUUCAAAGUUGGCUUGUUUAACUAGUGAACUGCUCUUAACAAGCUUUUACUAAGAGAUCUCUAUGGGAUCUUCUAGUAUCUCGGUUCAUUUUCUAUCUCUACUUAUGAAUGUUGAAUGUGAAAUUGAGACCACAAUUUGGUUGCAUAAUUAUUUCUUGAUGUUGGUUAGUACGAAACCUAAGGAUGAUUUAUCAAAUACAUAGUUCUUGUCUAAAUUGCUCGCUAACUGUUAAAAUAGGCAUUGAAAACCCGUGGUGGUAAUGAUCGCCUAAGGAUAAUUUGGAUGCCAAAAAUGGAUCAUUAUGUCAUUGAUCCUAUGAUGGAGCAAGUUGGUAAAGGAUAUAGGACGGCUGAAUGAUUGUGGAAACAUAUAACUGCUAUGUUUAAUGCUGAGUUCAGUUUCCAAUACCAAAAUGAAUAAAUAAAAAAUAAAGAUUGAUGUUUCAAAAUGGAUACAAGAUGCUGAGGAGUCUACGCAAGGCUAUAAACAAUUUCCUUGACAAUGAAGGUUUAAAAUGGGAUGAAUCGAGGCAAUUGGUGACCGCAGAUAAUGAAGUUUGGGAUAACUAUAUUAAGGCACAUCGCAUGCUCAAUCAUACAGAGUAAAGAUGACACCAUGUGAUCAUGAUUUCUGUGGAACGUAUAAAAAUGCAACCUUUGGAGGCAAAGACACCAUUUCCGUGAAAAUUUGAUGAUUGUAAUGACAAAGUGUCACGGUCUGAUACUUAUAGCUUGUCAGAAGGUGUGAAAUAUCCUCAACCAAAUCUAGAUGAUGAGAAGCCAAAAUGCAAAUUGUUGGAAUGUUCACCACAUUUAGGUGAGGAUGUAAUUGGGCCAGGCUUUGUUAGUGAUGCGGCUGCCGUAUCUCUUCUUGAUAUUAGGAUUGAUGAAGAUUAUGGAAUCCCUGUGACAAAAGGAAUUUUUGACAAUACACAACAGUUUCCGUCUGACAUGGGUCUACAAUAGGUGCUCGUUCAGGGACUUAUUGGCAGCCUCCAAUGGAUCGUUAUUUUCUUGAUAUUUUGCUAGAUCAAGUGAAGAAAGGAAACCAGAUUGAUGGCCUACUCAGAAAACAAGCUUGGGCUGAGAUGAUUUCACUUUUUAAUGCUAAAUUUGGAUUCUUGUACAAAGUUGGCAUCCUCAAAAACCAAUAUAAAACUCUGAGAAGGCAGUAUAAUGUUAGAAAGAACCUUCUGGAGCUGGAUGGAUUUGCUUGGGAUAAUGCACGGCAAAUGUUGACUGCUGAUGACUGCAUCUGGCAGGAUCAUAUCAAGGCACAUACGGAUGCUAGGCAAUACAUGACCAGACCCGUGCCGUACUAAAAACAUUGGUGUUUGAUAUGGAGAGAUUUAAAUAGUGACAUAAAGGACAGUAUGUCAGGCCAUAAUUUGGAGAUCCAAGAUGAAGUCUCUGAAUUCAAAUUUGUCCAACCAUUAAGGUUUUGCCAAUCUCCAGAGACGUCAGGAUCCACUGUCACUAUACAAUAAUGCUAUAACUAAUCAGUUGACCAAACGCCAGUUGGAAAAUCCAUUAUCCAUCCAUCUCAGGAACUUCCAAGAGAGCACGGAGCAAAGCUGAGGGUGUGGUUCAUGCUGUUCGCAAAAGGGUAACUGUAGUUUCAUCAUUGGCAGAUAAGAGAAAAGAAUAUGAGAAUUUGAACUCGGUUCCUAUAGAAAAUGUGAGAAGCGAUACAGGCUUUACCUGAUAUGGAUGAAGACCUUGUGUUGGAUGCUUGUGAUUUUCUGGAGGAUGAAAUGAAAGUGGAAACAUUUUUGGCAUUGGAUGUGAAGCUUCGAAAGAAGUGAUUAAUUAGGAUCACAAUAAAUGUUUGAAUAUGUUCCUUAGCUUGUGAUUUUUUAAUUCCACCUGUUUCGCGCGGGAUAGUCGCUAACAAUUAAAAGGGAUCAGACGAUUGUGUAAGG